UUUUUAAAAAUAUGUGUUUUAGGUGAAGUUGUGGCAAGAAUCAUUAGCAAGUACUGAUGUUUCUGAAAUGGACACAGAUCAAGAUGUAGAAUUUCCAUCACCACAUACAUAUUCUGUAUCAUCUAAUGACUUAUCAUUGAGCUCAUUAGAAAUUGCGCCAGUGAUGAGUAAUAAAUAUCCGAAUAAACAUGAAUGCCGCAGUGAUUCAUCUGGUUGUGGUAUGUCUUCAACCAGAGUAUCUAAAGAAAAUACAUUAGUUAGUGGUAUUAAUAUAUCAGCUGAUAACAAUGAAUUGUGCUCUCCCUGUGAAACGGUAAAACUACACUCUUCUACACCCAUAAAAAAUAUUGGACAUAAUUUAUAUUCAACCAAGACCAAAAACCCAACUGUAUCAAACAAACAAAACGAUGAAGCACAAAAACGCCGUUCAUCAAAAAAACACAGAAAAUCGAAAUCUAAAAUUGAAGAAAGUGAAUGCCCAAAUGAAGUAGAUGAAUUUAUGUGCCAAUUUAAACAUUGCAUUGGUGUCAUAAAUGGAGUAGUCACAAAAAUGGAAGAAAGCUUUAUGUCGCAAAGAUAAUUUUUUUUAUUUAAAAUGUAUUGUGCCUAUUUUUGCAUACCCAUGUUAUACAAUAAUGAAUCGAGUUUAAAGGUUUAUUAAAGGUUAUCAUUUAUACCUAUAUAUAUAUAUACACCUAUUUUUAUAUUGAAGGGUUUCUUGUAUUAUUAUAAAAUUGUUUUGUUAUGAUUUUUGUUUAAAUGUUUGUUUUUUACGCAUUGUCAUUAAAUUAAAAUAAAAAAAUAAUAUUUUAUUAUGUUGUUAGGUGUAUAACCAAAACUUAUAUUAGACUGGUAGGCUAGUAUCUACUAUCUUCUGUUAAUAAAAAUUUAAUAUAAUACUACUUUAAUAUACUGUGUUCCAUGAAUUACUUUACAAAAAUGAAUUACCUUAAUCUAUUUAUUUUAACACAUAUUGAACAGUUCAAAAACUAUAAAUAAGUGUCUUAAAUUCUAGACAAGCCCAUGAAAAUUGAUAAAUUUAUGUAUACAAAUAAUGUUUUCCCAGAAAGUCUAUGCCACCUUAUCAUCCAUUUGAUCAUGACUUAUUAAUUGUAGUUCUUAUUGAACUUAUAUAUGAUAUAUUAAUAUAAAUUAUUGUAAUGAUAAUAAUGUAACCAUUAUAAUAUAACUUUAUAUGAAAGCUUCUGCCAAUGAACUAAUUUAAAUUUAAAUUAUAAGUGUAUCAAAACAUUUUUCUAAAAAUGCAAGUAAUUAUUAUAUAAAUUAAGGGUACAGAAACUUUUCACAUUUUGUAACUUAUGUUAUUAAAUAUCUAUAAUUAAAUUCAUAUAUGUAUGUCUAUAUUAUUUUUAACUUAAGUCUUAUGUUUUUUAACAAUAUGUUGACAUUGUUUAUCUAAUUAUUCUUAUGUUUGCUAUUUAAUAUUUUGUUUAAGUGUUAAAACCUUUUGUUUAUUUCUUUUUAUGUUAAGAUUUUGUUUAUUUUCUCAUAACACAAUUUUUUGCUAAUUUAUGUUUGAUUAUGUAAUCAUAAAUAUUUUUGACUAAUUCAAACAAUUGUAACCUUAAGUGCCAUAUUAGUAUCUGUCUGUAGGUGUGUUUAAUUGUUAACGACAAGACUGAUUCUAUAUAAAUAAAAUACUAAUUUAUUGUUUACA